CUGUAUUCAUGUCAAUCUUCAGAAUAAAAAAGGCAUCUGUUAGGCUGCUGAGGCUCUAGUGCCUGCCUUGCAAGGUAUAGUGCACCAGCCCCAGGUGAGCACUUCCUGACCUGAAAGCUGGAAGUGCUGUGGCAGGCUGUGCAGCUUUGGAGUACUCUUCUGUAUUUCCCCACAGUCACUUUCCUUGUUGGCAAUAAAUGCAUUUUGAAUUGACUUUUCAGUUCCUCAGCACACAGCCUGUGAGGGCCACUGCCAUAAGGUAGCACUGAGAUCUGUAGUCUGCUAGGGGUUGGAAGGAUAAGACAUAUUUACGUGGCUCUUGGAAGUGCCCUGGCUUACAGUAAAGAAUGAGAUUGGGAGAGUAUCACUGUGGAGGGACAGGAAUAGGAUUGCCCCUGUAUUCCUGUGAUGCUGUUGGACACCUGAGUUUCAGAUGGUGCUGAAGUGAAGAGCUGUAAUUGUGUGGGGAUAAGGCCGUUUUUAGUGCCUGUAUGUUACCAGCACACAUCUCCCUGUGUGUCUGGAGAGGGCUGACCUGCUGAAGUCCUUCUACCUUGGCUUUCUUUGCUUUUCCCUUCCUGAGGCCUUUGGCUCUGGAGGGACAGUGUGGUCCUGCACCCUGUCCUUCAGACCCCUCUGCAGUGCAAUGGUCUGUGGUGACCAAAAGGUUAGAGAGAACUGAGGGCUGAGAGUAUGAUAUGGCAUUAAAGAAUUAAUGGCUACCGAGCAAUAAUUACCAUAAAUUAUGCAGACUAAGUCCAGAUCUAGGAACAGUUUUACUUCUUUCAUUCCAAGCCAAUCAUGGCUUAUGCUGACAGCACACCUGGAAAUGAGGUAACUGAGUAAUCUGCCCACAUUGUUCAGAUCUGCUGGGGCUUGGGCACAGACUUAGUAUGUGUUUUCCCUGCUCCUGGGCAACCUUUGUUCUCCUGCAGCCAGGAAGUCUCCCUGAUGGGAUAAGACAAGGUGCUUGUGUUCCUUUCUUGAGAAGGACGCUGUUAAUUCACCUGUGCUGUGACUUCCCUAUGAAAUUCCCUUUCCAGAUGAGAAAAUUUCACUGUCAUUGCAGUAUGAGAUGGAAACACUUCCAGUGCUGCCUGAACAUGUUAUUUAGGUCAGUUGCAAGAAGGAUGGCAACAUGAAUCAGAGGAGUUGGAAGAGAAAGAAAGUCAUUAGACAGCACCUUGACAUCCCCUGCCAAAGCGGGGAUUUUCUCUGCUGACGCAGAAGCCUGGCUGGAGCACACAUUCAUUGUCUUGUGCUCUUGGUACAGUCCUGUGGCUGGGGAGCUGGCAAUGAACCAGCAGGCUGCAAAGACAAACCUUGCCUUUGCCCCUCUGUAUCAGCACCUAGAUCCUGGUGGGUGAAUAAAAUAAUCUCUGAAAGAGAGAUAACAAAGUCUCCUCCUUAUCGCUCUGGAAAACAAGAUCAGGAUCAUUGGCCUGGCUGCCUCCAUUUUGGCUGAAUGAGCCUCCAGAAGGGGGUUUUACACAGGCACAUUCAUCGUGUUGUUGUAACCUUGACCAGAGCAGCUCAGAGGGUGUUCCCAUCCCAGUAAAAUGGGCGUGUGGUGCCCAGUGCACUACAGCAGCUCCGGGAGAAUCCAGCAGAGCCAAUGGCCUCAGUGUGCUGGGCCAGCUUUGGCUUGGAGGGCUGUCAGUGAUGGUGGGAAACCCCUGAAAAUAUCCCACCGGCAGAGCUCUGCCAGGCACUCCGUUUCCCUUCCCAAAGGAAGUAGCCUGAAUUUACCCAGUGCUCUGUGGAGACCUGUAGGCUAAAACAAAUUAUUUUUACACUGUAGGAAACAUUGAGACCAACCUUAACUGAUGAAGCAAUUUGCCAGCUUUUAGCCUCAAGGUCCCUAGUCCCUCAGGGCUUUCCAGCAUAAGGCUUGGGUCGGUUUCCCAGAAAGAGUCUCUUGGAUAUAUGCUGUUGGCUCAUUACUAGCUAUUUUAUUUUUCCAAGAGCCAGCUCUCCUUAGCUUCGUUCUCACAGCAUUGUUUUCUUUCUAGAAGAAGCUUUUGCUGGCUCUCCUAAACUAUUGCAUGGGAAUUGCUUACUAGCUUACAUUUUUUUUGUUUGUUUUGACCCAAAGCUGUGCUUUGCUCCCCUCUGUAACACUGCCAGCAUAAUUUCCAGUCUCUUUUAAGCAUAUGUUUUGCAAUAAUAUCUAAAGUCUUGGCUCCAAGUAACUGCCUUACAGAGAGAUUAGUAUCUUCUAACGAAGGAAUUGAGAGGCAAAUAGUGAGAACAAAAGCAAUAUCUUGAGAGCCUGUAAGACUAUCCUGACCUUUCCCAAAGGCCUCAGCCUGGCCCUCAGUGUUCAGCAGAUGGCAGAAAUCAGGGUGUACUUUGAUUUGUAGAGGCCUCUGCCUUGCUGCUGUGUUUGCGGGAAAUGUGCUCAGCACAUUGUGGCCAUCUGGGCUUGACUGUACUAUUCUGAUAAUCCCCAGGGAGCCUUCUCCAGCAAAGCUCAUCCCUGAUGGAAGUCCUCUUUGGCUGACCUUGUAGAAGGCUAGUACUAGCAGCGUGGAUUUUUGAGAUUUGACAGCAGCGUUCCUUAUAGGAAGAAAAGGGGCUUGGGAAAUGCUUUGUCCUGGCCAGGAAGGAACAUGCCACUCACCAGGAGGUGAAGGAGGGCCUCAGACCGGCACCAUGACGGAGUGCUUCGACUGUGACAACUGCAAGGAGUCCCUGUAUGGGCGCAAGUACAUCCAGAUGGACAAUGGCCCCUACUGCAUCCCCUGCUACGACGCGCACUUCGCCAACACCUGCGACGAGUGCAAGGAGCUGAUCGGCCACGACUGCAGGGAGCUGUACUAUGAGGACCGCCAUUACCACGAGCACUGCUUCCGUUGCUUCCGCUGCGACCGCUCUCUGGCUGAUGAGCCCUUCACCUGCCAGGGCAAGGAGCUGCUGUGCAACGACUGCUACUGCAGCGAGUUCUCCUCCAAAUGUAUCGCUUGUGAGAAGACCGUCAUGCCAGGCUCCCGUAAGCUGGAGUACAAUGGACAGACCUGGCAUGAGCAUUGCUUCAUAUGCAGCAGCUGCCAGCAGCCCAUAGGGUCACGGUCCUUCAUCCCAGACAAGAAGGAUUAUUACUGUGUCCCCUGCUACGAGAGCAAGUUCGCUCCUCGCUGCACUCGAUGCAAAAAGACCCUCACCAAGGGAGGAGUGACCUACCGGGAUGAGCCCUGGCACAAGGAGUGCUUUGUCUGCACGGGCUGCAAGACCCCCUUGGCUGGGCAGCAGUUCACCUCCCAGGAUGACAACCCAUACUGCAUCAAGUGCUUUGGGAACCUCUAUGCCAAGAAGUGCAGUGCGUGCACAAAGCCCAUCACAGGCUUUGGUGGUGGCAAAUACGUCUCCUUUGAGGACCGUCACUGGCACCACAACUGCUUCAACUGCGCCCGCUGCAGCACCUCGCUGGUGGGGAAAGGCUUCAUCCCUGACAACGAUGAGAUCCUGUGCCGUGACUGCAGCAAUGACCUAUGAGCCCCCGAGGACACCACGGAGCAGGGGCUUCCUCUACUCUUCAGGGCCUUUGUGCCACAUUCCCCAGCAGCAUUUCAGGGGCAGAGCACAAGGCACAGGAGAUGGGAGCUGACCCCGAACCGUGGUGUCUUCAGAGGGUUCCUGUGCCCCCUCCCUGAAGGCUAGAGUAUGCUGUGCUAUGGCUCUGUGCAGUCAAAGCUAAAUAAAGCUGAAAAAGGAGCUUCAAGACCCCCCAUUAUUUACUCUUUCUUUUCGCUUCCAGUCUAACCAGGCAUGAGCCCAGGCCCCAGCUGAGCAAAGGGCAGGAGUGGCUUCAGCACUGGGAUCUGCACGCUGGCAAGCAUGUAUUCACCCUCUGGCACAGUGCUGACUUCUCUUCUUUCUCCAUGUGCUUCCCUCUUGCUAGGUGACACAAGGCAGUGUCUCGGGGCCAUGCAGCUUGGCCUGUGUCACAGCUGGCUUUGCACAGCCUUCCUGUAAGCACAGCUGGCCCGGGCAUGAAGGGCAUGUCUUCUGUUCUGGAGGUUUGGGGACACCAGGCUGGAAUGUGGCCAGGAGAAGAGCAUACAUCCUGACAGAUGGGAUCCACCUCUGGAAUUCUGCAGUACCUCAGUCUUUGCAGGCCAGACCCUUUGCUCAGCACCUCCAUGGAGGUGCUCUCUUAGCAGUGAAUGAGGAGUUCAAGUCACUUGUAUGUAUGGGGCAUUCUGCCCACCCACACCUACCCUUCCCAUCUGCCUGUGCUGUGACCUCCCAUGGCUGGGGUGGCUGAGCUGGAGCUGGGAGGGCUGGCCUGCUGAUGCUCAGAUGCAUCUGGCUGAGCCCUAGAGAAGAGCGUGCUGAAGGCUGAGAGCACUCAGGACUUUACUCCUCCAUCCCUCUCAUGAGGAUCCAUGGGAUGGGCACUGCUAUACAGAGCUCAGCUGCCAGCAGCACUGGGAACACCAGAGACCUCCAUUAAUUCAGGGAAGGGAGCAUUGGCCACAGAUUGUGCCUGUGAUUAGUAGCUGCUGGGAGGGUCUGCAAGAGCACAGGGCUCCAGCAUAGAGAGCAGCUGAGGGGGCAGCAGGAUGUCCACAAUCUGCUCCUCCAGGGCUGCCUGUGUCCCCAGUGGCAGGCAGGGAGUGGUGGCUCCUUCCAGCCACACUCGUCCAUCUCUGUGUCCCAAACAAGAAGCAAAGCAAAGAUGGCACCUGUUGGGGGGGACUUUGCAUUGCCCAGGUCCCAGCUGGCCUUAACUGCAAAACAGGGUGUCUUGAGCCAUCCCAGACUCACAUGAGGCCUUGAGCAAUCCUUACCCAAUGGCUGAGCUGGCCCUGGGCUAAGUCCCCUCUCAGUGGGAUGCUCAUGCCUGCCUUACCUCUACAUCCUUCUGCUUCUGUCUUGCUGGGGCACUUUCGCCAGCCCUGCUUUACUGCUUAGUCAGCCAUCUGCUUUUCUGAAAACCUGUUCUUGUGGCUUUUUUCCCCCUUUUGUACUCAUUCAUCAUGAAUAUCCAUCAUUUUGUACACAACUACAGGAUGAAGGGGCAAGCCCCCCACCCGGGCUUCACUUAGGAACAGAAAAUGUUAUGCAUGUUGAAGUGUUAUUACUCUGUGUUCAGAUCCUUGUUGAAUCCUUGUUUGGAAGCUUUGAUGACAGCAAAUCAGAGUUUGUGUGUUUGCUAUUAUGAGAGGAUCUCGGAGCCAUCUCCAGAAGGAAUUGUCCUAAACCUCAGCGUCCUCUGUAUUUCCUACAGCUUUAUACAAUAAACUGUUUUCGUGACA